AUGGAGACAAAUUUUUUCGUAACGAAAAAUAAGAAAAAUGGAAACUUGGAAAAGUACACAUGCGGAAAGGUCUGGCUAUACAAUAAAAUAAAUAGCCUAUACACAAAUUUGAACAAGUUUAAGAUGAGUAUCCAAAGGGGUGCCCAUCGCGAGGAGAAAGGGAAGCAUCCGAUAAUCACCAUGAUGAGGAAGAAGAGAGGCGUAGCGCAGCGCUACACACAUGAACGAAAAAAUCAUAAAACAAAAAAAAGGACAUUCGCUGAUAUUUCGAAUGAAAACAAUGCAGACACAGAAAGGACGGAAGGAAAGUACCAUCCAUCGACGUUCCAACAUUUGGAAGUAUUAAAAUCGCUACACUAUAUUUACCAGUUUUACACGAGGGAUGAUGGCAGUGGGGAGAGGGGGCCCCCCCCCGUGGGGGGCACACAUGGUGCUGCUCCGUGCAAGGUAACUGUGCAAGGGGAGGAAAAGAGUGGCACAAAAGAUGGCGGCACAAAAGAUGGCGGCACAAAAGAUGGCUGCACUCAAAAUGGAGGCACUCAAAAUGGCGGCACUCAAAAUGGAGGCACUCAAAAUGGCGGCACUCAAAAUGGAGGCACUCAAAAUGGAGGCACUCAAAAUUGCAGAAUUCAAAAGUACAAUUUUCAAGACAAUGAAAAAUACAACAAAAGUCUGAGUGACAUUUUCUCCUCCAUCGUAAAUGACAAAUGUGGAUUCUUUUUUAUAUUCAAUGCCAUAUUUUUUACAAAUUUAAAAAACUUUUACUACUUUGUAGACAUAAUAAACGUUUUAAAUUAUUUGGGGAAUGGCAAGAGUAUCACCAAGAGAGGUGGACAUAUCGAGAAGGACAUUUUAAUAUAUGAGCAAAUUGCAUUAUUCGUGGAAAACUGUUAUUUCUGUUUGAUAGAUGACGUAGAUAAUGGCGGCAACUGCUGCUCCUAUCAGGGGUAUUCAAAUGGGAAGAGUACAAAGGUAACGACGCAGGAAAGGAAAAUUAACUCGGAUAAGGUGGAAAAGAUAAAAAAUAAGUUAAAGACACUUAAGAGGGAGAAGUCGCACGAAGAGUUGCUGUACCUUUCCAUGAAUGAAUGCAAUAAAAAGAUAUUCCAGCAGUUUAGUAAAAUCCCCUAUUUGUUUAAUGACAUGUCGGAGAUUAGCGAGUAUAGCAGGAGUGACCCCUACAAGGGGAAACACUCCCCAAGUGACUAUGCUCCGAGCGAAAUUAUUCAUGCGCAGAGCAGCACUGACUUGAACAAGAACAUCCUGGGAAGAAAAAACACUCUUUUAUUGUACAACCAAAGUGACUAUGCUAAGUCAGGAACAUACGAUGAUUUAAGAAGUCCUACUCAGCACAUUUUGAAAAAUUCCGUUUCGAUAAAAUCAGAGGAGCAUCCUUCUGACGGGGGUCUCCACAAGAAUAAUUCGCUCAGUCCUGCCAAGGGAAGCACUAAACCGAAUGGGAAAAUACCAUUCCUGGGAGACUACCCCAAUCAGCAAAGUUCCAAACUUGUUGACCCAAAUGAAAAUGCUCAAAAGGGAUACAUAAAGAAUUUUUUCUCCAAUUUGUUUAAAAAUGGACAGUCGGACGAGGAUCCGAAAGGAACUGCACUAGCUGCUGGGGACGAAAGGAUGAUUCCUUCUGAAGGGGUCCUACCCAAAUUGGAGGUCAAUGAGAAGGCCUCAGAUGGGAUAGAAGCAAAUUUAGUAGAACGUGACAGCGAAGGGAAGAUCCCAGAAACGAAUCGCCUCCUUGAAAUUAGAAAAACAGAAAAGGGCACUCCUCACGUAGGAAGCAAUACAAGGGGUGGGUGGGAAAACCACCCAGCGGGGGACGCAGCCGGAAGUGGUGAAUGCGGAAGUGGUGAAUGCGGAAGUGGUGAAUGUGGAAGUGGUGAAUGUGGAAGUGACGAAUCCAAAUGUGACCAAUCCAGAUGUGACCAAUCCAUAUGUGACGAAGGGGAGGCACAGCAAUCGGCUGGAAGCCACGUAGAAGGGGGGUGCUCCGCGGUUAAGGAGCCAAGCAAGGUGACACCUCCGAGCGAGCAGCCUGGAGAACAAAGGUGGGCAAACUCUUCUCUGUCGCAGUCUUCUGCAGAAGAGGAGCACAGAAAGAGCGAGGGGGAGGAUGGUGAACCGGCCGAAGUGGAAGGUGUCGAAGUGGAAGGUGUCGACGUGGAAGGAGUCCAAGUGGAGGGUGUCGAAGUGGAAGGUGUCAAAGUGGAAGGUGCCGAAGUGGAAGGUAUCAAAGUGGAAGGUGCCGAAGUGGAACCCCCCAGUGAAGACAAAACGGAGCAGGACCCAAAGGCUAGCCCUGACGUGACGGAAGAAAGGGACAUUCAACAGAAUGACGGAAAGGAGAAUUACCAGCACCUAUAUGAUGGCGAGAAUGGCGAAGGAGCGACGGAGGAGAGGUCCCUACAAGAAAUGUUACCGCUUCCCCCACAGACAGAAACGAGUCAAGUGAACACAACGGAGAACCACGAAGGUGAAGAAGUGGCAGCGGCACUUGGGGGUGAUUCGCUUGAACAGGGACCACUCGAAUGUAACGAAAUGGAGGAAAAUACAAUUAAAGACCAAGUUAAGGAUGAUGGUCAAAACGAGCCGGAAGGGUUUAAAGAAGAAGAGAGCGGACCAGAAAUAUUUUCACAAAAUUUGAAGCAGGGAGAUGGACUCCAUAAAUGCGAAAAUGGGAAUGGGAACAAAUUAGUGGAUACUGUAGAGAGUGGAGUUUCCCCAGGACAGAUGCAGAAUGGGGAAGGUGCAACAGAAGGGGGGCAGCCGGAGAGUAGUAACCCCAAUGGGGAGGCAGAGAUCAGCGCGCAAAGCGGAACUGGAAUGGUUGCCAUAGCAGGUGAGGCAACAGGCACUGCUGUUGUAGUAGGGCAGGGAGAACAGGAGGUGGACCCUGCAGAUGAGUUCGACGAACGUAAGAGCGGGCAUGAUGGCACGGAAAAGGCAAGUGCUGGUGAGUCUGCCAAGGGGGAAGCCGCCCCAAACGAGGGAAAAGCAGCCCCAAACGAGGGAGAAGCCGCCGCAAACGAGGAAGUCUCAUCCAAGGAGGACCAAAAGGAGGAACAUGGCUCCCCUGAGCCCCCCCAAAAAAAACAGCGCACAGAGGAGGUGCAAAAUGGGGAUAUGAAUGACCAAUUGAGCCAGUCGGAGAAGGCGGACAAUGAGAACACCCCAGAGGCUGACCACUCCAUUUCGAGUGACGAAGGGGGGGAAGAAGCGAGUGACGAAGCGAGUGACGAAGCGAGUGACGAAGCGAGUGAUGAAGCGAGUGAUGAAGCGAGUGAUGAAGCGAGUGAUGAAGCGAGUGAUGAAGCAAGUGACGAAGAGGGUAACCAAACGGAUGACCAAGCGGAUGGCCAAACGGAUGGCCAAACGGAUGGCCAAACGGAUGACCAAGCGGAUGGCCAAACGGAUGACCAAACGGAUGAUCAAGCGGAUGACCAAGCGGAUGACCAAGCGGAUGGCCAAACGGAUGACCAAACGGAUGGCCAAACGGAUGACCAAGUGAACCCCGAAUCGAACCGCGAAUCCGACGACGAUCAGAUCGUUCACUUCCUCAAGUCUAACAGAGGUAACCAGGACAAGGGCUGGUACGCGGAGUAUCUGAAGAACCUGCUGAGGUGCGACAAAAAAUGUACACAGGAAAAUCACGCGGAGGAGAAAGACCUGUUCCUCAGGAAGGUGAAAAAAUUAAGUAAUUUGGUAAAGUAUAAAAAGUUUAAAGAAAAGUACACCAAGGAGUGGGAACAAAAAAUGCAGCUAUUCAAAUGUGACAAGUUGAGACGGGCAUAUAAAAUUUUCCUCGUGAUCAUAUUUUCCAUCGUAAAAGAAAUUAAAGAAUUAAAAAAGGAGCUGAAAGAUAUGAGCCAAUUUGUUUUUAUCAAUUCGGGGAUCGAAAAUUAUUUAAACGAAAAUAAUAUUUCAACGGUGAGAAGAUAUAAGGGGAGCGUUGUAGGGGCGAACCACUUCGACGAUUACCACCUGGGGAGCGACGGCAUAGGGAGCGGCGUCGGCGUGGGCAGCUGCAGCGGCAGCGACAACGUGAUAAAUAGCUUCUUCCUGAGGAAGGCGUUCCCAAAAAUAUUCAGUGAACAAAAUGCGAAAGACAAAUUAGCAAACAUUUCAUACUACAUUGAGCUGGACAAACAUAUUCCAAACUACUGCAGCUUAUUUUUUAGCCAAUUUAAAAUUAAGAAGCAAGUUUUAUCGCACAUUCAGAGCCUAUACAGUAACUCAGUACCCACUGUGCCGUGUGUGAAUAUGUUUAUCUCCUGUUUGAAUUACAACUAUUCGAAUGUACUUAAAAAAAAAUUCGUUUUUCAAUCCGUAUUGGAUAAUAGCUACUUGGCUAGGCUCCCCUGCGUAUACUGUUGCGACGUUCAAAUUGUGAGACAUGUAGGUUUUUUAAAAUUAAAAGAAACAUGCCAAAAAAUUAUUAAACAAAAGAAAAUUCACCAGCUCUUUGUCGAUCACCUUUCGUCCUCCUUACUAGACGAAUCGUAUUUUAUUGUACCAUUUUUUACUUCCUAUGGAAAAUUUUUAAUCGUUAUAAAAAGUAACAGGAAUGAUAACCCUGAAUCUUCUUCGGCAGAUGUUUUACAAAAUAAAAAUUGUAUCACUUAUGAUAUCCUUAUUAAUAGCUUUGUCUUUCCUAAUGGAAGUAGCUUCCAAGCCAUUGUUCAUCUGUCUCAUGUCUUCAUAAACACUUUGCGUGAUUUUUUCAAGACAAGGAAUUCCGAUGAGAAUAUCCCCGAGAUUGCUUUCCUCAGCUUGCCUCACGUGGACAAGCAGCAGCUUCUGCACCACGAGAUUGAGUCCGCUUCCAACCGCGCGGAUAUCAUCGUUAGUGUGCUAUUCCUGCUCGAGUCCUUCUUCAACAACACGAAAAAGAUGAAGGCCCCCGCGGAGUUCAACCAAGGACUGCGCUUCCUCUACAUUAUCAGGCUGCUCGAAUUUUUCCACCAAAAAGGGAAUCUGUGA